AAUUCCUGUAGAGAAAGUGGUUCCUGGUUAUGAAAUUUGGAUUAUACAAUUUUGUUUCUAUUCUGAUGAUGUCCGUAAUCCGACUACUUGAAUCCUCAAUUGCCUGCACUUUCGGACAAUUUCAACAACUUAACAAAUCAAGAAAAGAAAAGGUGUAUAAAUACCACCCUUUUCUCUUUCAUUUUAUCACAUACUCAAUACCUAAUUCUUUAAAUUGCAGAUAUGCCAAUCUCCAACUCCUCUGCUGCUUGCCUCAUCUCUGCCUUCCUCUUUCUCUCUCUUACUCAAACACAUGAAAAGGUCAUCAACAGCGAUGGGAUGGGACAGUACUCUUUUGCUGACAUGAAAAUAGAUUGCGGGAAGGAAUGUACUCGACGAUGCCAACAAUCAUCGAGGCAGAACGUGUGCCUCCGGGCUUGUGGGACGUGCUGCGCGAGGUGCAACUGCGUGCCGCCAGGCACCUCCGGCAACGCUGACGUCUGCCCUUGCUAUUCUAACAUGACUACUCACGGUGGCCGGAAAAAGUGCCCCUGAAACUUGCUAGCUAAUAACCUCAUUUUCCCUAUAUGUGCUGUAUUUGUAUUAAUAAUUGCACUCCAUCUGGUAUUGAGUAUUUGUCAUGUCCAAUUUCAAGGUUGAUUCACAGAAUUCUUAUGUGUGAGAAUGUUUAUGGAAGAAUGCAUUGAUUAUAACAAGUUGAAUGUAUCGAGGAUGUCUUGCUUAAGUAGUAGACUUGGACCUUUGAGUCUCACAAAUAUAAGUUUGUUUGGUUGUGUUUUCAAUGAGAUUUUUUUCACUUUUUAUUGUUUAGGUAGGUGGAAAUUUGUUUGGUCAAGUCAUUUUUAGUGAUAAUGCAUUUCUAUUUUAAUUCUCAA